AUAAUCACAGGGGGGCCAGAAAGCCGCCAUUUUUGUAACUACCCCCAAGCGGUCGCUUUCCGCAAAAUCGCCAUCUUGUUGUGUUCAACGUCACGGAACUAUCGCCCAAUCACAUCUCGGCUUGGCUUGUUUUCUUUAUUAUGUUUUGUUUCUCCGUCUCAGCUGAUCCGUGUCAUCUGCUUCGCCGCUUUCGACGUCCGCUUUGACUUCGCGUGUUUGGCUAUUGAAUUGCUGUUUGCUUGCCACACAUGCCACUUCUGUGACAGGCCAUGGUAGUGUGUUGUUAUUCCGGUUGCGCUAAUCGUUCAGAGUUUGCAAGUAAAGAAUCUGGCAUAACGUACCACCACUUUCCCCGAGACGAGUCCUUACGAUUGCAAUGGGUGAAUGCGAUCGGGAGACCGGAUUGGGUGCCAACGAAGUACAGCCGAGUGUGCUCAGGAACGAGGACUUCGACAGAACGUCGCUAACACGCGUGCGCCUGCGGGAGGGUUCCGUUCCUGUCGCACAUCCGUCGGUUCAAGUUCACCAGGAGGAGCAUGACUUGCCAGCCAGACGGGAACCUAGCGGGCAAGAACCAAUAGGCGUGUGCACGCCUGAACCCGGCACACAAGAGCAAAUUAACGUGAGCCUGCCUGAGCCUGUCACACAAGAGGAGAUUGAAGUGAGCAUGGCGUCUGGAUCUGACACUCAAGAGCCAAUGGAUGUGGGCCUGCUCGAACCAAAGACACCAGAGCGAAUCCAUGUAGACAGAACUACAAGCACACCUCUUGUGUCUGCUGUGUCCAGCCCCACACCAGCCAAGGCUUCCAGCAGUAUCAGUUCCGACACACCAGGGCGAUUUGAACAGUCGCGCACGGGCUCUUCCGUUUGUCUGUUCACAAGCUUGACUCCGAACACUAGCAGGCCUGACCCCAUGGACACAACCCCCAGUGGCUCAACUCCAAGCACCAGCAGAUGUGAACCUUUGGUAAGAAUUAUACUCGACGUGGAAAAGAAUUGCAUGUUCAUAACUAAUACGUUAAGAUUCCACUGUAGGUGCUGUCUGCACCAUUCAAGUAUAUGUUCCAGGAGCAGGCUUUCAAAUACCUUAUUUCAUACAGUACAGGUGCAUAAGGGAAAACCAAUUAGACUUGAGCAUACAGUUUAAACAUAUUAUUGCCCCUUUCACGUCUACAUUUCAGUACAGUGCAGUGCCGUUAGUUGCAGCCUGUUGUAUAGUUACUGGCCCGAGGAAACAUUUCUCAAAUUAUCUGUUGCCAGCACUUAUUGGUGUUAGCAAUGGGUAUGAGAGUAGUCUGAGUGAACUAGGAGGGACAGUCUUUCUGACAAAACUGAUCUGUCUCUGCUGCAGCGAUGCUGGCAACACUUGUAGCCUAAUAGUUAUAGUUACAAAGCUCAGAGAGUGCUCUAUAUCAUGGAGGGAAUUCCCAGCUUGGUAUGCAUGCUGCUGAUUAUUACUAACCCCAAUACUUGUCACAAUGAAUUGUACUGUUUGAAUCAAUAAAGAUGGAUUUGAUCAAG